AUGCACAUAAAAAGAAUAAUAAUUCAAGGGUUCAAGACGUAUAAAAACACGACAGUUAUUGAUCUAGUAUCACCACAGCAUAACGUCGUUGUUGGACGGAAUGGAUCAGGGAAAUCUAAUUUCUUCGCUGCAAUUAGGUUUGUAUUAUCAGAUGCAUACACACAUAUGACCCGUGAAGAAAGACAGGGGCUUAUACACGAGGGUUCAGGAACUGUGAUGUCAGCGUAUGUUGAAAUUGUAUUCGACAACUCCGAUCGUAGAUUUCCUAUUGCCAAAGAUGAGGUUUCUAUUAGAAGAACGAUAGGUUUGAAAAAGGAUGACUACUCGUUAGAUAAUAAAUCGGCAACAAGAUCAGAUGUAAUGAAUUUGUUGGAAAGUGCUGGAUUUUCUAGAUCGAACCCAUAUUACAUUGUGCCACAAGGUCGUAUCACCGCAUUAACAAAUUCUAAGGAUUCUGAAAGACUAGCAUUACUAAAAGAGGUCAGUGGUGCUAAAGUAUUUGAAACUAAAUUAAAGGAGUCGAUGAAAGAAAUGAAUAACUCUAAUUAUAAAAAGCAAAGAAUAGAUGAAACCUUACAUUCAGUUGAUGAAAGAAUAUCUGAUUUACAAAUUGAAUCGAAAGAUUUAAAAGAAUUUCAAGGAUUGGAAAAGUCCAAAAAAAUUUUUGAAUUUAACUUAUUCGAUAGGGAAAUGAAUGACUUGAAUACUCAAGUGGAGUCUAUUGAUGAAGCAUAUGGAAAUUUGCUUACCGAGUCUCAGCAAGAUUUAGAGGAGUUAGAUAAGCGGGAAAAGAUAUGUCAACAACUUACCGAUUCUAUUAAUCAAUUGAAGAUUUCCUUAAAGAUUACUGAAUUGGAAAAAGACCAAACGGACUCAGAUUAUAAUCAAUUAUUGAAAUCCAUAGCAGACAAAAAGGUUAAGCUUGAUGAAUUACAGUCCACCAUUAAUAUUCAGAAAGAAGAACAAACAAAUUAUCAUGAUUCAAUACAACACUACCAAAAUUUAAUCAAGCAUCAUGAAGAUAAAAUUUCUCAAUUCAACCCAAAUUUACAAAAGUAUCAGAAAAAGGAAUCAAAGAUCAAAGCUAAACUAUCUGAUUUGAUAACAAAACAAAGAGCUUUAUAUUCUAAGCAAAAUCGUUUCCUGAAGUUCACUUCUAAGGAUGAAAGAGAUAUAUGGUUAAAAGAGCAAAUAGCAAAAACAUCAAAAGAGUUACAAUCGAAAGAUGACCAGAUGAAUAAGUUAGAUUCUCAAGCCAAUUCCGAAAGAGAAGAAAUUUUUGAAUAUAACAAACGAAUCGAGCAAAUUAACGAGCUCCUCAGCGAUGACAAACAAGGUCAGAUGAUCGAAGACCUACAAGAUUCAAUGAAUGACUUAAAAGUCAAGAUCACCGAAUUAACAGAUCAACGGAAAUCUCUCUGGCGUGAUGAAAUAAGAUUGAAGAGUAUUCAAGAUUCGCUAAAUCGUGAUUUAGAUAAUGCAAAUUACUUAGUUAACCAGACAAUGGAUAGAGCUCAAUCACAAGGUCUCAGCUCGGUUAAUGCUAUUGUUAAAAAGUUACAUUUAGAAAAUUCGGUUUAUGGGCCAUUAGCAGACCUAUUCAGUGUUAGUGAUAAAUAUAAAACUGCUGUGGAGGUUGUUGCAGGAAAUGCUUUGUUCCAUGUUGUGGUCGAUACUGAUAAAACAGCCUCAUUGAUCAUGGAUGAAUUGAAUAGGACCAAAGCAGGUAGAGUUACUUUUAUGCCAUUGAAUAGACUAAGUCCUAUAAACGUUGAAUACCCAGAUGGGUCAGAGCAUCAAUGCAUACCUUUGAUCAAAAAAUUAAAAUUUAGUGAUGAGAAUGUUGGACGAGCAAUAAGACAGGUAUUUGCUAAGACCAUAGUUUGUAAUGACUUACAAAAGGGAUCAGAAUUAGCAAGAGCUUUCAAAAUUAAUGCUAUUACUUUGGAUGGUGACAGAGCAGAAACAAAGGGUGUAUUGAGUGGUGGUUAUAGGGAUUAUAAGAAUUCACGUCUUGACGCUCUUAAGACACAAGCCAGAAAAAGAAGUGAAAUAUCUAGGACCGAGCAAGAUUUAAAAGAAUGUGUUCAAAAUAUUGAAAAUGUGAAUAGAGAGCUUACGUCUUUCAACAGUGAAUUACAAGUUAAGGCUCGUGAAUUGGAUGAAAAAUUAUCUACAAAGGAACCUUUGAAAGCAGAACUAUCUCAAUUACAGAAUAAAAAGUAUAAUGCUGAUCAAGAAUUAAACACUUUGGUUACAAAUAUUGAAGCGGUGCGUACAAUCAGAGGAAAUUUAUCUACUAUUUUGAAUCAGCAUCACGAAGAACUAAAAUCAGAAUUCACACAGUCUUUAUCUACUAAUGAAACAGAUGAAUUACAAAAUCUUAGUAUACAGAUAUCCGAAUACGAGAAUAAGUUGGAUAGAACUGUAACAAAAUUAUCUGACGUAGAAGCGAAGAUCUCUAAGUUUGGAUCUGAAUUGGCGGAUAACUAUAGACCACACCUAUUAAAAUUGAUUAAAGAUCGUGAAGCACCUAAUUCAAAAUUUAAUAAACACCAAAUCAAAGAAUUAGAAAAGGAAUUGGAAUACUUGACUAUUCAACUAGAUACAGCAGAGUCUAAAAAUCAAGCUGCAACAGAUGAAUUUAAUAAUGUAAGUGAUGAAAUAGUAAAGAGUGAGUCGUUAUUGAAAAAGGCUAAUGAACAGCAAAUCUUAAUAAUGAAAAAAUUAGAAAAGUUUUCCAAGACAACCGAAAAGAAUUUAUCAAAGAAGGCUAUUCUAGUUGCGCGUCGUGAUGAAAUUCAAAGAAAGAUCCUGGAGUUGGGUGUUCUUCCGGAAGAAGCAUUCCAACAAUCUAUUUAUGACAAAUUCAAUUCAGACCAACUAUUGAAAAAAUUAACUAAUGUGAAUGAUAGCCUUUCUAAAUAUUCCCAUAUUAACAAGAAAGCGAUGGAGCAGUACCAUACAUUUACGAAACAACGUGAUGAAUUGAUGGAAAGAAGGAAAGAAUUGGAAAAAUCAAGGGAAUCUAUAGAAAACUUAAUAACCAGCUUAGAAACUCAAAAAGAUGAAGCAAUUACUCAAAGCUUCAAACAAGUUGCAAAGAGCUUCCACGAAAUUUUUGAAAAAUUAGUUCCCGCAGGUGUCGGUAAUUUGAUUAUGCAAAAGAAAGACCAAAAUAUGAGUAAGGAAGGCUUGCAAGGUGAAGACGAAGCUAUGAGUUCAGAGGAAGAUAGCAUCGUAGAUGAAGCUCAGAAUAUUGACAAUUACGUCGGUGUUUCUAUUUCUGCAUCAUUCAACUCCAAGAAUGAUGAGCAACAAAGAAUUGAACAAUUUUCUGGUGGGCAAAAAUCGCUAUGUGCAAUAGCACUUAUUUUAGCUAUUCAAAAAUGUGAUCCAGCUCCAUUUUAUUUAUUUGAUGAAAUUGAUGCAAACUUGGAUACCCAAUAUAGAACUGCAGUUGCAGCUAUGAUCAAUUCCUUGUCUAACAAGGCACAAUUUAUCUGUACUACCUUCAGACCAGAGAUGUUACAGGUUGCUGAUAAGUUCUAUGGUGUAAUGUUUAAUAACAAAGUUAGUACUGUUUCUGAGAUAAAUAGAGAGGAGGCUAUGUCGUUUGUAGAAGGUCAACAACAACACUAA